UAUAAGAACAGCUGAAUCAAUUCUAUAAGUUCGUUUUAACAUAUGCUAACAUCGAAAAUUAGACGGUUUAAGCUUCAAUAUGUCUGGAUUUGUGGCAGUUCAUACUGGCGCUGGCAAUUCCAUAGUUGAAGCAUUAUACAAAAGUGUUUGCGAAGAUGCGUGCAUGCAAGGUGUCAAUGUUUUACGAAGUGGCGGAAGUGCGCUGGACGCUUGCGAGAUGGCCAUCACGGCUCUUGAAGACGCGUGCUCUACGAACGCGGGUUUCGGAUCAAAUUUAACAUGGAAUGGGCUGGUACAGUGCGACGCCAGCAUAAUGGACGGAACUACGCUGCAGUAUGGAGCAUGCACUAAUGUUUCGGACGUUAAAAACCCUAUUAGUUUAGCCAGGCAGAUAUGUGAAAGGCAAUCUAAACUGUUGUCCUUUGGCAGGAUACCACCAAUGGUGCUAUCCGGCACGGGAGCAUCGGAGUAUGCAAAGCAGAUUGGAUUGCAAAUUGUUCCUCAAGAAAAAAUGAUAGCUCCGAAGGCAUCCCAUAGCUACACUCACUACUGGAAAAGUAUCACUGAGUAUGAGAAAACGAAUCAAGUAAAGCUUUCGCCUUUGGACACAGUAGGAGCGAUUUGCGUAGAUGCCGAUGGUGCUAUAGUUGCUGGUUGCAGUUCGGGCGGACUGCUGUUGAAAAUUAGCGGACGGGUAGGACAGGCCGCUACAUACGGCGCCGGAUGUUGGGCAUUGAUAGACGAGGCAAACGGCCUAUCCGCUGCAACAUGUACUACUGGAAAUGGAGAAUUCCUAAUGAAGACACUUUUUGCUAAAGAAUUAGUGGAGGAUCUGAUAAACUGUAACUGCCCGAUAACCUCGCAAAAUCAAACCUAUCAGAAAAAGCUGCUCAAUUCACCGUUUUUAGCCAAUCAGAAGGAAAUAUUUGCCGGUUCCCUUUCGAUGAUAUACAACAGCUCGCGUGGUAGCGGGGACGUACUGUGGGCACAUACGACCAACUCAAUGUGCCUGGGGCUUCAGUCAACGCGACAUAAAAAACCGAAGUGUAUCGUAUCAAAAUUACCGUUAAACGUUUACUGUGGCGGUAAACCCGUGGUGAGCGGACACCAUUUUAAGCUGCAUUAGCGACUCGGCACGUAUGCUGGACACAUCUUGAAGCAUCUGCCGAAUGUGUGAUUGAUGCCAUUACAACAAGCGUACCUAGGACAUAAGAGGACUAGGCUUUGCACAUUACGCAGCCGCUUAUUUGCUUCCCUUCCACGAUCGCACAAUCUUGUGAAGAAUGCUUCUAGAGGAGGUGAUGCUGCCGCCGCGCCGAUAUCGCAAUGUCGGCAGAACUCGAUUCCAUAGGUGGAUCAAAGUUAGGACCUUUUCUUGUACGGGUGCUACUCAAAGAAGCGCCGCUCAUGUCACUGUAUUUACGGUAUUUACUAAUAGGCAAACUAAACCAGUGAUUGACAACACGAUUUUUGAAUUCUUAGGAUAUGAAAUUCCGAUGAUUUGAAACGCCCUUUAUUGUCUAGCCUGUCAGCUUUACCAAAAGUUGGUAACGCUGAAGGAUUAGAAGUGAUAGAACGAAAAAGUCAUAAACAUCAAUUAUAGUGUAGUCAUCUGUCUUCUCUAUAGCUUUUAGUAUAGUUUAGGAAAUAGUUUUAAGAUU